GUCAGAACCAAGGAAAUAGAACUGUUACUACUGUUAUUAUUGGAGGACGUAAGGAGGACUGAGGAUAUGCAUUCACAUACGUAUAAUUAGCCUGGAUAGACCUUAAAAUGUAAUUCUGUGUGGCACAAUUGUUGCAACGGUACAUUGAUUUUUUUUUUUCCUCAGUUCUAUUUUUUACCUGUCUUUCCUCUCUCCCUCUCUCUCAUUUUUUGCAACUGCCAGCCGCUGGGUCUUCCCUCUCUCCAUCCCUCCUCUGUCAGUCUCCCUCUCUCCGUGCAGGAAGGAGGGAUCUACGAAUAGAGAGAGAAAGAAGAAGAAGACAGAACAUUGCACACAUGUGUCUCCAGGGAUGAUGCCUUUGCCGCCGGUGCCACCCGCCCUGUCGCCAUGACGAUGCCGUUCAGCCCCCUCUCCAGUGACGAGGAGCAGCAAAGGAUGCUGGGAAAUAGCCGACACCUUUAUCCAGGGGCAGAAGAGGAGGAAGAGGACGAAGAGGAGGAGGAAGAGGAAGAGGUAGACGAGGACGACAGAGAGGACGAGGUCGAGGACGAAGAGAACGGAGAGCUGGAAGGGGAAGAGGAAGAGGAGGAGGAGAUGGAGGAGAUGGAGGGAGGCGGCCAAUCGCGAGGAGGCAGGGAGAAGGGGCCCAGGCAAUCAGGCAACAUGGUUGGACGACCGGCAGGAGACAGACCGCGGCGGCCCAGCAAUCCGGGACAUGCGCUGAACCCCUACGCGUCCAACCCUGGACCCACCCACCAACAGUCGGUCAAUCAGCAGCAACCGCAGAGGCGACUGAGGGAGCGCAGCUCCAGCACGGCGCCCCCUUCAGAGGACACGCACAUCUCCAUGAUGGUGUUCCGCAUCGGCAUCCCUGACAUCAAACAGACGAAGUGUCUGCGGUUUAACCCGGACGCGACGGUGUGGCGGGCCAAGCAGCAGGUGCUUUGCGCCCUCACCGAGUCGCUGCGCGAUGUGCUCAACUAUGGCCUCUUCCAGCCGGCCACCGACGGCCAUGACGCCAAGUUCUUGGAGGAGGAGCGGCUGCUGCGGGAAUACCCACAAUCCUUUGAGAAAGGGGUGCCCUAUCUGGAGUUUCGUUACAAGACCCGAGUGUACAAACAGACAAAUCUAGAUGAAAAACAACUGGCCAAACUGCACACAAAGGCCAGUCUAAAGAAGUUCGUUGACUACAUCCAAACUGGAUCAGUGGAAAAGAUGGCCAAGUUCUUGGACAAAGGGCUCGACCCCAACUAUCAUGACCCUGAGACUGGGGAGACACCCUUGUCCCUGGCAGUGCAGUCAGAGCAGGGGGGAGGGGAGGGCAUACGGGUGCUGGUGAUGGGGGGAGCACACAUCGACUUCCGUGCCAAGGAUGGACUCACCCCGCUACACAAGGCUGUCCGAGCGCACAGCCACACCGCGCUGCUGGCCCUCCUGUCUCUGGGUGCCUCCCCAGACUACAAAGACCGACGGGGCUUGACCCCGCUCUACCACACUGUGCUGACAGGGGGCGACACCUCCUGUUGUGAGACCCUGUUGUACCACAGGGCCAAGCUGGGAAUGAGGGAUGAGAAUGGCUGGGAUGAGACACAUCAGGCCUGCCAAAAUGGUCAUUCCCAGCACCUAGAGCACCUUCUUUUUUAUGGGGCUGACUCCUCUUCCCAGAAUGCCUCAGGAAACACUGCCCUGCACAUUUGUGCUCUGUACAAUAAGGAAAGCUGUGCUCGCAUUCUGCUGUAUAGGGGUGCCAAAAAGGACACAAAGAACAACAGCGGCCAGACUCCCUUUCAGGUAGCUGUAAUGUCUGGCCAUUUUGAACUGGGGGAGAUCAUUAAAAACCACCGUGACUCAGAUGUAGUGCCCUUUCUUGAGUCACCAAAAUAUGCCCCUCAGAGACGAGAGAGCACUCGCACCCUCACCCUUCCUCACCCCCACCCCUUCCUCCGUGCGAAUAGUGACAACAGCAUGAACCUGCCGGACUGGAUGGCCUUCCCCAACGCUGCUGGGUCCAACAUCGUAUCUGUGCAGGUAGCACUGAACCACACUCCAGGCUACAAGCAUGGCGGCACCCUGCGUAGCUCCAGCAGUCCCCGAGGAGCCCGCACUCGCUCCCCAUCGCGGGGGAGGGUUGUGGAGAGGGAAGACAGAAGCCGGCAGCCCCGCGCGAGACAGGGGUCGGGGUCAGGAGCCAGCACGGGGACGACUGGGGGGCAGAGGCGGCGUCUGUACAGCGCCGUGCCAGGACGGGUGUUUGUGGCGACGCGCUCCUACUCUGCUCAGGGGGAGAGAGAGCUCACCCUCAACAAGGGAGACAAGGUGAAAGUGCUGAGCGUGGGUGAGGGCGGGUUCUGGGAGGGGACGGUGAGGGGCCGGACCGGCUGGUUCCCCUCAGACUGCGUGGAGGAGGUGGCUGCACGCAGCCAGGACAGUCGCUCAGAAAGCCGUAGCGAGAAAGCCAAGAGACUGUUCCGCCACUACACUGUUGGAUCAUACGACAGCUUUGAUGCCCCCAGUGACUACAUUAUCAAGGAGAAGACAGUGCUCCUGCAGAAGAAGGACAGCGAGGGGUUCGGCUUUGUGUUGAGAGGAGCUAAAGCUCAGACUCCUAUAGAGGAGUUUACUCCCACCCCAGCUUUCCCUGCUCUGCAGUACCUGGAGUCAGUUGAUGAAGGGGGCGUGGCCUGGAGAGCUGGUCUGAGAAUGGGGGACUUCCUUAUUGAGGUGAAUGGGCAGAAUGUGGUGAAGGUGGGUCACAGGCAGGUGGUCAACAUGAUCCGACAAGGAGGCAACAGCCUUAUGGUCAAGGUCGUCAUGGUAACCCGCAACCCUGACAUGGAGGAAGGCUCCAGGAAGAAAAUCCCUCACCAGAGCAAGAGACUGGCCACCCCAGCUAUCGCGCUGCGCUCCAAGUCUAUGACCUCAGAGCUGGAGGAGAUAGCUGCUACCCCUUGGAGGAAAAAAUCAGAAUACGAGUCCUCGCAAGCUACAGAGAAGAAGAGGACAGUCUAUCAGAUGGCACUGAAUAAACUGGAUGAGAUCUUGGCGGCAGCUCAGCAGACAAUCAGCACCAACGAGGGACAGGGGUCACGGGGUCAUGGGGGAAAGAGGGACAGGAGCAGGGGUUUAUACAGUAAUGAGCCCAGUUUCGACCAGCCGGGGGUGGGCGUGAUGUCAUCUGGGCCGGGGCUUGGUUAUGAUCGUGGCCAGUUUGUAUCAGGCAAUGUGCCCCAGCACGGUAUGCUGCGACAGAAAUCCAUCGGCGUGCCAGAGGAGGAAAAGCAGUAUCUCCAUCCUCCGUCGAUGAAGUUCUCACGCAGCCUUUCCGUCCCUGGCCCUGACGACAUCCCCCCACCCCCGACGACUGCCCCUCCGGAUCCCCCGUUCUCCGUGGGCCCCCCCUCGGGCUGGAGGUCCAGGCAGUCCCAGCAGCCUACUGUUUCCGUGUCCCAGAGCUCCUCCGCCACGGCCCACUACCAGCUGUACUCGCAGGGGGUGCAGUUCUCGCAGACCGGGCGAGAGAGAGGCGGGGGUGGGGGCGGAGCCGUGGACCACCCCCAUGCCUUCCCUCAUCCUUCGCACCCCUCCCAGCCGAGCCGGCCGACUGCGUCCCGGAAAGGGGGGGGCUACGCGGCGGAGACCGCGGCGGCGGCUGGGGGCGGGAAGGCGGCGGGGUUGAGGAGGGGCUACAGUAACGCCGUCCCUCCGUCUAGUGUCGCUACCAUCGCACCACAGCAACAGCAGCAACAACCGCCACAGACCACACAGACCCAGAGCUCCCAGCAGCAGCAGCAGCAGGCAACCCGGACAGACCGCACCACCGCGGGGGCCAGCGGGGUCCCCAAAGCAGGGGGCAGGAGGGUAAAGGGGCCUCUCGUCAAGCAGUCCAAAAUCGAGGAUGGGGGAGUCCGGUUGGGCCCAACGCAGACCCACACUCUGGGCAAAGCCCCAGUGGAGAAGAGCUCCAUCCCCAUCCCCACCAUCAUAGUGAAGGCCCCCUCUACCAGCAGCAGCGGCCGCAGCAGCCAGGGCAGCAGCGUGGAGGCGGAGCCGCCCCCGGACACUGACGCCAAGCCCCCGCCCGGCGCCCCUACCGGCCCGCCCAUCUCCGCGCCCCCCUCCAUCCCCGCCCCGCCGCCCCCGUCCACCCCAGCGCCCCCUCCCCCCAUUGCCCCGUCCCUCACGUCCCUGCGUGGCCAGGAGAGCCUGGACUUCACCAGUCAGUUCGGGGCGGCCAUCGUGGGGGCGGCCCGGAGGGACAGAGAGCGCUUCCACGAAGCGCGGAGGAAGAGCGCCUCCUUCUUCCUCUCGGCUGAGGAAGAGAGCGGGGGCGGGCUGGGAGGAGGGAGAGGCCAGGCCCAGCCCGGUUCUCAGAUUGGCACUCCCUCCCCCCGGCUGCGCCCCUCCAAGUCCAUAGACGAGGGCAUGUUCUCGGGGGACACAUUUAUCCACCACACGCGCAGCAUGCCCCCGGCUUUCGGACUGCCGGAGUACUCUUCCCCGGCACCCGCGGGAGACUACCAGCCCAAAUCGGUGCCGGCUGACUUCUACGGGGCGGGAAAGCCGUCCACCACCACCUUCAUCCACCCGCUGACGGGGAAGGUUCUGGACCCCUCGUCUCCCCUUGGCCUGGCUCUGGCCGCCAGGGAGAGGGCUCUGAAAGACGACGGGAGGAUGCGGCGGGAGAGAGGAGGGGAGCACCACUUCGGGCGCCAGCUCACCACCACAGGGGCCUAUCCAUCCACUGCCUCCGCCACACCGUCAUCCCUCCUCCCGCACCUUCCCUCCUCCUCCUCCGCAUUGUCCUCCCAGUCCUCCGGCUCCUCCUACCUCGUCACCUCUUCCUCACUAGCUGCCACCACCACCUCCACCCUGGGCCGCCCACCCUCCCCUCGGAUACUCAGGGGCGAAGGGGGGUGGGGUGAGGAGGGAGGAGAGAGGGAGAGGGAGAGGGAGAGGGAGACCGGAGGGGCCAGGGAGGGCCUGAGGGUGCGGUUUUCAGAAGACAAAACUGUCCACACGCACCACUACCAGCCACAUUACCAAUCGACUUACAGAGAGAGAGAGAGGGAGAGGGAGAGAUCGAGGGAGAGAUCGAGGGAGAGGGAGAGAGAGAGGGAGAGGGAGGGGUACGGGAGGAAGGUAGAGCAGGCACCCCCUGCCCAGCAGGCCCCCCAGUCGUCCGCACCCCGGCGCCCGUCUUUCCUGAGGAUGGAAAGCGAAGCAGGCGCCUAUGUUCUCUCCCUCACCCCGCCGUCCCCUCCCCCCGCCGCCCCAGCCCUCACGCACGCGGGUGGAGGGGCAGGCAGUGGGCUGGGGCUGAUGGUGCUGCCUCCUCCUGCCCCCUCGGUGGACGCAGAUGAUGAGUUUGUCUUCGCCGACCCCUUGCCCCCACCCCUCGAGUUCGCCAAUAGCUUUGACAGAGGUUUGGGAGGAAUCCCAGGAUACGCUCAGCAAGGCGGGAUGAUGGCCAACAACCUGCACUCUUCUUGCCAGCCGCCGCCGCCCCCUCCUCCCCCUCCACCCCCGCCUCCGCCCCCCCAAAAAGAACCUUUUAUAGGCGGCUUCCCCGCUCACACCCCCCUCCCCUCCCCGCAGGCCGGAGACUCCACCGCCUCCAGCCUGACCUCCUAUGACAGCGAAGUGGCUAACCUGACUCAGUCUGCCCCGUCCCCUUCUCCCUCCUCCCCGAACCCUUUACCCCCGCCUUCCCCCUCCACCCUUCAGCCCGCUCUGGCCGGACUACCUCCACCUCCCUCCGUCUCCCCUCCUCCGCCUCCUACCUCCUUUCACCGGCCCUUCCCCAUGUCCCACUCACAGCAUCUCUACAACAGCACACAUCCCACUGGUCGAUCCUCCCCGACGCCGCCCCCUCUCUCUGCCCCGCACCCCACGCCCACCCCAUCAUACCGUGGCGCCUCCAGCGCCACCGGCCCCGCCAGCUCCGCCCACUCCGCCCACUCCGCCGCCACUUCUGCCCAGCUCAGAGCCACUGCCACCCUGUCUGCGACCGUGACCUGUGCGACCACGACCACCACCACUGCUGCCACCACCACCACCACCACCGCCACGCACUCCAUGCAUGCAGCCGCCGCCGCCAGUGCCAGCGGGGGGGUUAGGAGAGGGAGCCACCCCCCUCCCGCUGCCAAAAGCAGGGAGUCCCAGGAGACUGUGGUGGACUCCGGGAUAGAGGAGCUGGACAGCCGCAGCAGCAGCGACCACCACCUCGACAAUAUUUUAGGAGUGGUGGGGGUCAGAGGAGAGCGGGGAGAGAGGGGGGACAGAGGUGGGGGAGGAGAGGGGGACAGAGCGGGGGACCUGCUGGAUUCGUACAUGACCUACUUGGAUGGGCAAACUUUCGAAAUGCACAACGCCAAAACGGCUACCUCCACCUACCCUAAAUCGCAGAGGUACCGGGAGGGGGGGAGGGCGGUGUCGGAGCUGCGGCGGCAAGUCAGUACUGCCCCCCCAUCCUCCCACCACCCCCCUCCCUUCCACUUGCAGAGACGGAGGGAGGAGGAGGAGGAGGAGGAGGAGGAGGAGGAGGAGGAGGGAGAGGAGGAUGAGGAAGAGGAGAACGGACAGGAGGGUUACGGUGUGGGAGAGACGCAGAGUUUGGGCCGCCCGACGUCCCUGUAUUUCGACCGGCCGCGCACCCCGGAGAUGAAGCCUCUCUGGGGCGAGGGGGGUGCCGGAGCGGGACAGGCGGUGGCCGAAGGUGGGAGCCAGGUCGGGGGGGUGUAUUUGGAGGGGCGGAAGCUGCACCCCACUCACCCCAGUAUGAAGCCCAGUGUCAUCAAUGAGCUGAACUCCAAGCUGCAGCAGAUGGGAAACAAAGGCAUAGAGGGAUGGGGGGGACAGAGGUCUCUGAGCCGGCACAGGUUUUCGGAAGACUCCACUUCUGCCCUGAGCCCCCCUAUGGCGCGCUCCCCCUCUCCGUCCCCGAUCCUGCCUCCUCGUUCGGUCCCGUCCCCAACUCCGUCGCCCUCCUCUCAGCCACCCCACUAUCCCAGCUGGGCACGCUCCCCCUCACCCCAGCCCCCUGCUGCCCCCUCCCAGUCACAGCCGGCCCACUCCCCCCUCUCCCCUACCUACUCUCCGUACCCAACCUCACCCAAGCACCGGCCUGUUUACCGCACCAAAGCCUUGGAAUUCCAGUUUAUCCCUAGCCGGGAGUCCCGAAAAUCGGACUCCCACACUCAUUCCCACUACUUGCAGAGACGUCGCGCUCCCAGCCCCCUGAUCUCCCCCUCUGAUAGGCCCAAGCUGGGCCCACCCCGCCCCUCAUCUCUCCCCACCCUCCCCACCGCCCCUCUCUAUGGCAGCCUUUAUGAUCUCAGGGGUUCCGUCACCCCGCCCUCUCCAGCCAACCCCCUGGGAGACCCCUACUUCUCCCCUUCGCCACCUCUGUUUGCUCCCUCCGGCGCUCCUCCUCCCCCCAACUCCGCCCUGGUGGUCUCUCGCUCCCUCUCCCCGACUCACUUCCUGUCCGGGGCUUCCUCUCCCCCACUACACCCCUUGCCCCCUCCGGCCUGUCUCAGCUACCCUCACCUACCGCCCCCUCCCCCAUCCAAACCCUUCGCCUCCAAGCCCCUCCCGUACUGGACUAAGUAUGAUGUGGCCGACUGGCUGGGCUACCUGAACUUGGGGGAGCACAGGGAGAGGUUCCUGGACAAUGAGAUCGAUGGCACGCACCUCCCCUCCCUCACCAAGGAGGACUACCUGGACCUGGGGGUGACUCGCGUGGGCCACCGCAUGAACAUCGAGCGAGCGCUGAAGAGGCUGAUGGACAGGCUGUCUAGUCCUUUCCCUGCACUCUCACCCCGAGACGGACGGAACGACAGAAGGAGGGACGAGGGCACACGCAGCUGAGAGGAGAGCGACAGAGCGACAGAGCGAGGAGGAGGAACGGGGGGGGGGCUACAACCGCUGCUGUCAAUACUGGAUUUACAGACUGACAGAAAAAAAAAACUGGACUUCACUGAGAUGAAUAACAAGGACAGAGGAAGGUGAAGAGGAACUGAGGGUGAAAGAACGGAAGACAAACAAAGACAACUCACCGACAGACACACUCCCACGAGACAAGCGCAGACAGACACGAACACAGACAAAACCGCAGACAGUUUUCAGCAACAACAACAACAACAACAUGCUCUGAAAUAUACAACCGAAACAAAAAUCAAACAUAACAGACACAGAGGUAGCUGAGUGUUUCAGUGUUAGAGGUUGAAAGAAUGAGCCAUAGAGAGGAGAGGACUGACAGAACGACACUUCCCGCUAUGGCACCGUCCUCCUCACGUCUUUUCCUUACCGGCCGCAGGCGCUGUUAGUGUUGCAGGAGCAGCUGGGAAUAUCAGAACAGUUUUCCGUAUGGAACGGCCCUCCCUGGACAAAGCUUAGUAUGUGCCCACUGUUUUCGCAGAGUUCUGUGGGAGAGAUUUCGCUCUAGCUCUUUGUUUUUUUUUUUUUUUUCCGCGUCAGUGAACCUAGUGGCCUCUGUACUUGCUGACAGGCUGUGUUGGAUUAGGACAUGUACACACAUUGUAAGCCUCUUCAUCGCUUGCAGUUAUGUAUUGGCAUACAGUAUUCUGAGUGGUCACUGCAUUACUAUCUAUAGCAAAAAACCCAGACCCAACAAAGUAGGUAUUACAUACACACAAACACACACACACACACACACAUUCACUCACACACACUCACUCUGCUCUUUGUAUUUGUCUUAGAAACAAUGGGACACAACGAGUGUACGGAUCUAAGAAGAAACUGAUGAAAAAUUGAAAAUUCGAGUUUAGAGGUAGGUAAAAUAACAUUGCAAACAAAAAAAAAAUCUUCACAAGAUAACCUUUUUACUAAAGACUUCCAACGCAUUGAAGAAACUAAAACAUCAACAACAACUAACAAUGAUUCUGAUCAAAAUCGGUUCAGACCGAGAGAGAAGGUGGGGGAGGGUGUGAGAAAAAAAGACUGAAAAUCCUCUUUCCCAUCCAGUCUCCCCACCCCUUCCAAAAAAAAAACACUUUCUACAUAAGGAUGCAAUGAAAUGAUGAACGAAUAUCCAGAUGAAUGGAUGAGUGGAUAUACACUUAAAUCUGUUUUAAUACGAUGAUUGUUCUUACAACAGUUUUUAAACUUUAAAUGGGUCUGGCGUACUAAUAUUGAUGUAUUCAGAAUUAUUGUUAUUAUUGUUGUUAUUAUCAUCAUCGUAAAUGAUAUUACCAUUGCUAAUGUAAGCUGCAGUUCCCCUACUGUGCCUAUGACGAACGAGGUGGAUCUCUUUCUAAUUAACAAUAUCCUAUCCUUACUGACUUGAGCUGCUCUUUCUCAAGUUAACCUAUGGGGUUAGAGGUUAUUCCUCCUCAGUGAAAUGACACAAAACAUUCAGUAUUAAAACAGCACAAAGCAUGCAAAGGAGCUGACUCACAUUAUAUUUUUUUCAAUUUGAUCAAAUUUAAAUGGCAGACGCUGAGUUUGAUUUUAAAGCCGAAAUCAAUCAGCUUCUCUUUCAAGUGUUAUCAUCUUGUUUACAGUGCUACUGUAGUUACAUGUUGGUUUCUUUGCAAAAUAAAAGUCUCAAUAUUGUUUGGACUACUGCCAAUUAACAGAUACAUACAACUAUAUAGAUAGAGUAAUACAGACAGUAAAAUAAAUGAUCUCAGUUGGCUGGGGGCUUUACCUCACCAGCUGGUUAAAGUCUAUGCAAACAGAGAUCAAGUGGUUUGCAUAGUACUAGAAAAACACUAAAUUCUGAGUGCACUCACACAAGUCCAUAGCCCCCUCUCACAAUUUCCUCAUCUCUCUCUUUAACUUUCAUCCUGUGCUCUGUUUCAGUAAUCGAAUAAAAGGGCUCUUCUAUCUGUCUGUCUGAUCUGUCGAUCUCUUUAUCAUCUCUCUAGAAAGCUCUUUAUUUCUGUCUGAUCUGCAAACUUCUUUUGUUCUCUGGACCUCUUUCUCUCCCCUAACUCUCCUCUGAAAUCUCUCCUCUCAGACACAAAGUCUAACCCUCUCACGUGUUUAGUGAGGCAUUGAGCAUCACUAUUGAACUUCACAAGUUCUUCACUCUCUUUCCCUCUCCGCAUUUCUCUUCUUCCUAAAGAGAGGUGUGAUUUAAGUUAUUCCAGUAAAUAGUUAGAAUUAGUCAUUUUGGGAAGUAUUGUCAUUUUACGUUCAAUAUAAAGAGCUAUGCCGAUAUGCACAUCAAUGAUGAUGAUAACAAUAAUAAUCAAAGUAACGAUAAUCAUAAAUAUGGUUAGAGAUGUAAAAAUUUUCAAAGUUCUACAGAAUCUCUGUCUUCCAACUAAUGUUUAACAUGAGGAAAAGAUACAUUAUGUUUGUUAUUAACAGAAAUGCUUUCUACACAACCAGCUCUAUUCCCUCUUUGUUUUCUCUCUGUGUUCUUUGCUGCACUGUGUGUCCAUGCGAGCAUCCUUAGAUUCCACAGCCUCUUCCUUCUCCCACCCUAUAGUCAUGGACAGGUGUUGGCACUCUUUGUUUCAGGAAAAGAAAAUUAAUUUUGAUCAUAGACUAUAUUUUGCUACAAAUGUUCAGAGAUAUUUAUGUGUGAUGUAUCCUGCUUCCAUUUUCCUGUAGAUUCAUAACAUCACAGUCAAACUGAAAGAAUCACAAGCCCAUCUGAACCAAAUGCUUUGGCAUCAUUAAGCGUCAUUUACUUGAAUUUGGUAAAUAUCGCAAUGGCAAAGCAAGUGCAGGUUACCUAUCUGUCUUUCUUAACAGGGAUACCAGUACAGUACUAUACAAUUAUGAGAGAGAUAGUUUUAUGAAGGGAUUGGCCAGGGAGUAUAGAAAGCAUUACAAUUCCUUUUAAAGAAUAUUUUAAAAUUGUAAAAAAAAAGAAAUCCGUAAAGUAUAAACAGAUGAAAGGUUAU